AUGAAAACGGGUGCAUUGGAGAUAUUGCCUGGUCUACAAGAUCUCCGCUUGAGUCGUUGGUAUCCGGGUCUGCAACUUCCGGCCUCCUUGGAGGCGAUCACCCUGGAUAUUCGGGAUUCGGAUCUCAUCUCUCAUAUUCCCAUCUCCUUUCCCUUCAAGACCAACAGGAUUCGUGUCCAUGGGAACCAACAUUCCAUCACCAUCCCUUCAUCACUUCUCCAAGGCAUUUCUAGUCGGGAAGUAACGUUGGAAAUUCGAGGUGGAGGGGUGAAUAGAGUGGAACGGGAUGUGCUGGAGUCUCUGACCUGGGUUCAUGGAUUGAGAGUGGAAAUUCAAGGGACAAAUCUCACGUCCUUCCCGGAUCCUCGAUCUUCAUCCUCAUCUCAUCAUCCUCAUCGACUUCUUCAUCUCCGGAUCCCAGACAAUAAAUGGAUCUGCGAUUGUGGCAUCGGGUGGGUGGAAGGCUGGCUGACAGAAUCAGAGCAACCGUGUGAAUCCAUGAAGAAGGAGGUGCUACCCAUAAGGUGUCCGGAGGUGAUGGAGUCCCUCCGAGAAGUGAAGUGUCGGAGUCCAGUGAGGGAGAGUCUGAUGAGUGCUUUGAAUCGGCGACUCGACUGCCACUCCUCUGCUUCCCUUCCCCUCAUCCCAUUCGCUACUCUCUUGGCCCCAGCUGUUCUCUAUUGGAUCUGGGCUGGUAGUUGACGGUUCUUCACGAAGAAGAAACAGUGAAUAAUCGUGAUACACCACCUCUUAAGGACGAAUGACUUUACGGACAUUCCCCUCUGUUUUUGUGAUAUCCAAGCCAGUAAAGUACAUGUCCGCGUUCAGUGAGGGAUCUGUACACCCGGGUUGGGGGGGCAUAGGAGGUCUGUGCCCCUCCCUGAAUUCUGUAUAUUUCAUUUACUUCUAUGAAAUUUAAAAAAUAAAAGAUAUUAUCGUUA